AUGGCAGUUCGCAUUGAUGAUGCCUCAUUUUUUGAGGCUGCACUUGAGUCCUGGGGCGUUCCGCAGGCUGUCAAGGAGAAACUUCUUGCCAAGGGAUAUACAACCAUGUCAUUGGUGGCCCAUGCCCUUCCAGCUCCUGAUCAGCUGGAAUCUUUUGUGAUCUCCGUUCUGGGUCGACCUUCCGGUCUUGCGCCCGAAGAUCCAGUGAUCUCGCCUGCUGCCUCAGCUUUGCGUCGAGUGGUCAAGGAAUGCACAGCUGCAGCUUCGAACUCUCCUGCGAUUCCUUCGAUCGGAGGGUUGCCAUCGGGCACCGUCCUUGCUGCGAAACCCAAGCUUGCAGCUGCUGACGUCACCAAGCUGGUGACUGACUUCCAUAACAAGUAUCCUUCGGAGUUUCUUCGUCCUGAAACCAUGCCGAGCCUUUCCCUGCUUCUGCGAGUUAAGGAUGGUCUUGACAGCAAGAACCUCGGAUGGAUUCCGUGGAGAUUUCGGACUUCCGAGCAGGAAGAAGCCGUUGUGGAACGUAGACGGCCUCGCACUGAAGUUGCGAUGUUAUCCUCGCUGCUUGCUGCCCAUGAACCUGAACCCUGCCAGGCGUCUGUGCCAUCGGGAGGCCCCUUGGAGCCCACGCUUCGCCGAUUCUUCGGCAUCCUGUGCACGGCGAUUGCUUUGCUCGAUGGCAUGCAUCUCUUGCCGCUUCGAAAGAUGAUGGAGAAGUUCGUUGAUUUGGCGAUCAAGAUCCCGGACGAUAAGACGCUCCGUGGCCCUUUGCUCAGUGAGGCAAUAGAAGCAGACAGAACGCUCUGGGCGGGCGUUGCCUCACUGCAAGUGGAACAUAGCUGGUCGUUAGCAGACGCAGUGGCGGAAAUGACGCAGAUCCGUCCAGACUUGUACGCCGCUCUUGCCCCUCGUGUGCGGGCUCCUGCUCCUGACUCCACCAAACGCAAAGCACCAGCCCUGGAUGCCGCUCCCCGUGCUAAGGAGGCUGCGGACUGUGAGGCCUUGCUGCGCAAUCCUGAGGCUCCUUUUGAUUUUGGCCCUUCUGCCCCUGCGUUGUCAGCUGAAAUUUUUGCUCAGCAGAUCCUCGCCGGGCAGCUGGACCUGACGUGCGCUUCGGUGCUGCAGAUUGCGGAUCUCCUCCUUUGUGAGUGCCCUGAUUUGGAUGACCGGUUCGCAGUCGGUAAAUCUGUUUCUGCGGGCUUGCAUCAAUCCGGCAGAGGGGGGCUCCGCAAGUCUUCCAAGUCUCAUCCCCUGUCGGUUCAGGUGGUCACUCGCUUCAUUUCCAAGGUGGCGCCUUCUUUUCGUUUCUCCAGUUUUGUGCUCAUUGAUGGUGUGGAAUCGCCUGUUCACAAGGAUGUGCGCAACUCGGUCUUGCCCAAUCUUGUCAUCCCGCUGUCGUCCUUUCAGGGCGGUGAAGUGGUUGUCGAAUUUUGCGACGGCUCGGACUCUCUCAGCGUCCAAGGCCAAUGUGUUCCGGCGGUGGCUCUUCCUGUCAAUUGCCAUCCGGUUUUGUUUUCUGCCUCGCGCUUCUUUCAUGCAGUCCGUCCGGCUCAAGGUCGACGGGUCGUUGUUGCAGCUUACUGCCUCCAGUCUGCUCAUUUUCUCCACCAGGAUUUGGCCAACCAGCUCUAUGCCCUGGGGUUUUGUUUGCCGCGAUCAUCUGAUGCUGACAAUCCGCCGACGCCACCCUGCGUUGUGCGGCUUCCUGAAUCUUUGCAGCUUGCCCUUGGUCCUCCCCUUCAUGGUUCUGCUUCAUGCGUACCGGAGGCUUCGGUGAUUUCUCGCUCGCCGCGGUCACUGUUCGGCUGCAACUCCCUGUCGUUACAGGGCCCGAGCAGUGUGCCAGCUCCGUCGUCGGUUCAUCUGCCUGGGGGUUGUGCUUCUACAGGUUCGUCGCCGCGUCCGUCACCGCAGGGUUCUCGAAAUCCACCUGCUCCUGCUCCUCAGCUGGAACCGGAAGUUCCUGCCCUUCAGCUGGAGCCAGACAUUCCCCCCGUGGCGGUUACCCGGCCGCGCCUUUUCCUGGAUCUUUUUUCUGGGGCCCGACAGCCGGUGUCACGCGCGGUUGCUUCGUUCUCAGCGGAUCGGUUUGAACCUGUAGACAUCAUUCAUGCUGAGUCCAUGGACCUGCUUCGUGAUGACACUUUCAGCUUGCUUUGUGAUUUGGCUGAUCAUGGUGUGGUCGGGGCCGCUCUGGCUGCGCCUAUCUGUGGUGAGUUUUCCAUUUUGAAGCUCAAGCCAGGUGGUCCUCCGCCAGUGCGCACGCCUCGCUGCUUGCACGGUCUUCCGGAAAAUGACUUGGAUCAAUCUCGUCGGGUGCAGGACAGUUUUCUGCUGCAUGAUCGGGCUCGCGAGAUAUUGAGUCGGGUCAGUGCUGGUCAUGGUCUCAUACUCUUCGAGAAUCCCGUCACGUCUAUGACCUUUCAGGAUCCUGUGAUGUUGCGGUGGCUUGCUUCUGAGGCCCCCUUCGCGGCUCAGGUGGCUGCUUGUUCCUUUGGCCUGGACUGGCAGAAACGCUGGCUCUUUGUGUCCAACAGGUCUGAGUCGCUCUCUUUGGCUUGCCAGUGCACUCACGGGCGCCGUGCCCACCAGUCUCUUCUGGGACUUCGGGAUGCAUCAGGUCAAUAUGUCAGUCGUCUCUCCGCUGAGUAUCCUUCUGGGCUCGCGACUCAGAUUGCUCAACUGGUCCUGCCCUUCCUAUCUCGAGGGGGCAGGGUGAUUGCGAUUCAGCAAUGGCGGUCAUUGCUGUCUCCUUCCCCGGCCUGGCCUCUCCCGCAAACACGUGUCGAGGACGGAGGUGGCCUGCGGAGUACGGCGGCGUGGUUGGAACCUCAAGGUGCAGAUGUCUUUGGUCCUCUACGCAAGGAGUGGUCGAAACGUCUUUUUCGCGACAAGCUUUGUCUCCGCCUGACUGCAGCUCUCCAAGGUCCUCCGACAUCUUGUCCCCUGACGGACGAGGAACUCGAGCCUUUCUUGGGGGAUUUGACUUCCUUCUUGGGCGUGCGACCUGAUGAAACAGAAGAGCUUCUGUCGGUCUCGCCUGGCCAGCCUUUGCGUCUUUUCCUCCUGGAAGCCCUCCUGCUGCGCCUCGGCGAUUCGGAGGCCUCCAUGUGCGCCGAUUUGCGUCAAGGGGUUCGUUUGGGUGUCAAUCACGCUCUUGAGCCUUCUGAGCAUUGGCCUCCUCGGGAUUGGGAGCCCGUGUUGCCGGAUCUGAAGUUGUGUGAGGGGUCCUGGCUCUCGGCAUCUUCGCAUCCUGAGCAAGUCCUUUCCCUGCUGCAGGAGGAGCUGGCCGCUGGCUGGAUUGAGGAAUUCUCUUCCUUAGGCGAAAUCCAGGCCAAAUUUCCUUCGGUUGCCUGCGGUCGGUUGGGUCUGGUGCUUGCUGAGGGACGGUCUCCUCGGCUGGUGGUUGACUCUAGUAUUAGUGGUGUCACGGAGGCUUGCUUCAUCCCCAAUCGCAUGCUCUUGCCUCGGAUCGCUGAUGUCGCCGCCUGUGCCCCGGUGCAUUGCGUCGCGGACGACUGGGUUUUGGUGUCCCUUGACAUUCGGAAAGCCCACCGUCUUGUCUUGAUCCAUCCCGAUGAUCAGGGGCUCUUAUGCUUCUCCUUUGCUGGAAGAUUUUUUGUCUCUAAGACGCUGAAUUUCGGUGCUCGGGCUUCCGCCUUUUGGUGGGGUCGCGUUGCCGGGGCUCUCAUUCGCCUCUCGCAUGCCCUCAUCUUCUUGCCUCAUUGUUUGUGGGACUAUGUGGACGAUUUCUUGGGAGCUUUUCGGGGGUCUACUGCUCCGGUUCAAGCCGGUCUUUGGGUCAUUCUCUUCCUCGUUCUCCGGGUACCCAUUAGUUGGGCCAAAUGCGCUUGGGCCUCCAAGGUCCGCUGGAUCGGUUGGGACAUUUCGGUCUCAUCCUGGUCGGUAUCUCUCCCGGAUGAAAAAAGGACUAAAUUGCUGAUGGCGCUGGAUGACGUGUUGGCGGCCCCCAAGGUCAAAGUCCGGGUCUUGGAAUCUUUGAUUGGUCGUCUUCUCUGGGUCUCUGGCCUUUGGAAAGCGUUGAGGCCACUUCUGUCGCCUCUCUAUGCAGCUCUCCAUUGCAUCCCUGCAUCGUGUGUUGCCGUGUCGCCUCGGCUCUGGAAUGCUCUGCUCAAUGCUGUGGAUGAAGCCUGUGUUGUCCAGUGCGAAGUGGGGCACGCUUCCUUUCCUGUCGGUUCGCGUAUCCUGCGCGUGGCUAAUACAGCUAUCCACCGACCUUCUGAUAUGCAUCGCAUGGUUUUCCAGCAUCGCCGUCUCUGGGUCACUGUCCGUUCCAAUGACCAUCCUUUGCGCGUUUUGCCUGAGCCUGCGAAAGAUGCCCUAUCUGCCUGGCGGUCUGUGCUGGAGUCGACUCCUUUGAUUUACUCCAUUCGGCAACCUGUGCAAUUAGCUCUCAUGGCUGAAGCCGACGCCUGCGCAUCGGAUCAAGGAUGUGGUCUUGGUGGGUAUGUUCUUUGGCCAUCGGGUCGUCACGACUGGUUCGCUGUGCAGCUUUCUGCAUCUGCUCUUCGGGACUUGUCUCCCCUCUUUGAAGGCUCUCCGCAGUCCCACAUCGCUGCGUUGGAACUUCUUGCCCAGCUUGUUCUGAUCUGGCUUGUGGAUCGUACGUUGCCGUCCUGUCGGACCUUGGUCUCAGUGGCGCUACGUUGCGAUAAUGCUGGUGCUGAGGCAGCGGCAGCCAAGGGCCUGUCGGCCGUCCGUUCUCUUGCUGCUGUGCUCACAGCUUUCUUGGCGUAUCAGUGUCGCCUGGGCGUGGCUGCUGAAGUUGAGCAUGUUCCUGGAUUCCGCAACCAGCUAGCUGAUGAGCUGAGUAGAUGGUCUCAAGGGCCAUCUCCUCUCCCUCUGGAAGCUCGUGCUGUCCCUCCGCUGGACAUACUCUUGGCUGGGGGCUUCAACAGUCUGCAGCUGGCUCCUCGUGAGGCGUCCUGGCCUUCCCAUUUCUGCAAGAAGCUUCGAGGAUCGUAG